AUGUCGAAUAGACCAGCUGGACAGCUUACGCCCGGUGAUUGUCGUCCCCUCCUCGACCAGCCUGAACUCUACGGCAUCGGAGUCCGAGUGGGUACGUACACGCAAUGGCUGUCCACGAUCCUAACGGUCUGCCUCGUGCACGACCAAGAGGAGCGCGCGACCAUGCGGAACGUAAACUACGCUUUUGCCUUCGCGGAAUGGGUUGCAUUGGUAAACCAGACCCGAUCAAUCUGGCCUGCGGACGGUGUGAUCGUUACUUUCCUGUUCAUGGGCACCCUCACGCUCCUCUGCAUGUUAGAGAUAUUCGACCGGAUGCGUCCGCGCAAAUCCCGCCGGGAGGAUCCCAACCUCGCCACUGGCGGGGAGAUGGCCAGGCUCACACUACUCGGGGCCUUCGUUAUAUGGGUGAUUUGGUGGUGGUUUGAAGGAAUAUAUCAUACUUUGAGGGAUUGUGGAACCUUUAUUUAUUACUACGGAGGUCCGGUGCAGGUCCUGGGAAAUUUCAAACUCAUCGGGAGGAUUUGGUCACCUUUGCUGUUUCUCAUGUUCAUUCCUGUCCUGGGAAAGUUUGGAGUUUUUAUACGGAGGUCAUCUAGGAACUUCCAUAUCCUGCGGGACCCUGCAAUGGCUAUAGCCGAAGGAGGGGCAGCAGAUGCUAAGGCUGAGGCAACAGGUGCAGAGCCGGUAGGCAUUUUGUCGGUAGAUUUCUGGACACAGGUUUUUGCCCUGGAGGAGUCGGAACCCUACGAGCCUAGUAUCCCGAACCCUAGAACGAAGCAGCGGAGGGGGCUGUAUUGCGCAUUGGGGCUUGGAAUUGGCGUGUUUAUACUUAUCAUUUUUCUCGAGAUUAUGUUGGCGUAUGGGGCUGUUGAUGAGAUUAACAGCAUCUCCGGGGUCGGCGAUAGCGUGCCGAUGGUUAUUGGGUGCGGCGAUAUGCUGUUGAUUUUGUGGAAGUUGAAAGAGCAAAGGGAGUUUGAGAUGGCUCGCGUACUUUCCCUUUUGCUCGUCCUGACGGUGCGGGUUUCGCUAAUCAUUUGUUAG